CUUUCCUUUCAUAUCAACAACCUCAUCGACCAUGGCCACCCUCAUAUCACUGAGGGCGGCGCCUAUUCGCUGCUCACGACUAGCGUCUUCAGCUAGUCAUCGCAGCGGCUACAUCACCGCCCGAUCACGAUCCUCCUCGACAAGUCGCACUCCGCCCCCGCCGCCAUACAAUGUCCUCUUCUGCGGGACCGACUCGUUCGCAGCCACCAUCCUGCAAGGACUGCAUCGCUCCCCAUCAAUUGCGCACUCGAUCACCGUUGCUGUACCUGCUGAGCAGAAAUAUCACAGUGCAACCAGGGAGGGCAGCAGGAGAAGGGCAGCGGCCAGCGCAGUCACACAGCCGCCCGUGCUGGAUUAUGCGCAUCGUCACGACUUGCCGGCGAUUAGGGUGACUGACUUCAAGAAUGAUGACCUGCCCCUUCCCGGCUCCAGCUCAUCCCCUCUCUUGGUGACCGCCUCCUUCGGCAAACUUGUCCCUGCCUGGCUGCUCGAUCUCUAUCCUUCUCCCUCCUUGACCCUUAACGUCCACCCUUCCCUGCUCCCGGACUUGCGCGGCGCAGCGCCCAUUCAGUGGGCGAUCGCUCGCGGAUACGAGAAGACGGGGGUAUCGAUACAGCAGCUGGGCCGUGAAACGUUUGACCAAGGGGAUCUUUUGGCGCAGGAGAAGGUGGACCUGCCCAUUGAGGGCGGGCGUAGGGUGGCAUACGCCGAGGUGGAGCGCUUGCUUGCACAGGCGUCGAGUGAGCUUCUCGUCGAUACGCUUGCUAGCUUGCCGCAGAGGCAUGCAACUGCUGAUCCUCAAGAUGGGGCAAAGGCUACACUUGCGCCCAAGAUCAAGGCGGAGCAUGGCCGUGUGGACUGGCAGGCCAUGAGCGCAAAGGAAAUCGAGGCGAGGCAUCGCGGAUUUGGACAUCAGAUCAACCUCUACACGUACCUCCACCGCUCCGACUCUCCGCAAGCCGUACGCACCCUCCUCCUCGACGUACACCACGUACCCUCCACAGCCAGCCUUCCGGAGCGUGCCAAGGUGCUGCGAGACAACCCGCAGUACCCAAGUGGAACUGCGGUAUUUGCGCCAACAUCCCCGCACGCCGGUGAGCGGGAAAUCAUCUACGUAAAGACGACCGUCAGACAGGAAGGAGAGGUAGGGUUGCUGGCCGUCAGACGAUUGAUGUGUGCAGGCAAGGCAGAACAGGCCACCCUGCGUGAUUGGUGGAGAGGCUACGGCAGGCCAAAGGGGGAGAUGCCCCUCUUGCGCUUCGUCUCGCAUGACAACGGCGGAAUUGCAGCGGCGACGUCGAGCGGGCAAAGCAGGAUACUGCAAGCUCAGAGCCAACAGCAGAGGAGUAGGACAACGGCAGCGACAGCGAGCAUAGCGUCGAGCAGUUCCGCCACCCUGAUUGGCCAGCAAAUGCGCGCCUUCUCCUCUCGAGCAACGCAUUGUAGCCACUUUUCAAAGCAGCGCGCCUACUCCACCCGUCCUCCACAACCGCCCCCUUCCCCUUCCUCCUUCAACACCGCCUCCAUGACUCCCAAUACCUCCCCAACAGCUCCCCCUCCUCGCCCACCGCGACGUCGAGGGACGAUCUACAAGCUCACCGGUGAUGGGCUCUCCUGGUCUCAACUGCACCCAGUGCAGAAGGUCUUUCGCACAGGAGAGAAAGGAGGACAGCUCACCGUGGUGGUCUUGGGCACGGCGCUCACAGCUGCAGUGCUUUGGGCGCUGUUGAGCGACAUGUUCGCUCCAAACUCGCCGAGCGUCAUCUUCAAGGACGCGUGUGGACGGGUGGAGCGUUGUGAAGAGAUCUACCACCACCUUCUACCCCCUCUUCGCUUCCAUCUGCACCCCACACCCUCCUUCACCUCCUCCCCAAAUCCCACCAACCCCAUCAUCGGCGCCCUCGGCGGCGGGAGCGGCUCGACGCACCGAGGCUCACACCUCCCUCCCACGCGCGUGGUAAGGGAGGAGCGGACGGGCAAGGAGGUCUUGCAUAUGAGGUUCUACAUCGAAGCGAGGGACAAGGAGCGCGAUUGGACUUAUGCUGAGAAGGGCAGGCAAGGCGUAAGGGAUGGAUGGGAGUGGAUGAGGACGCAAUUGGGUGAGGCCUGGGAGAGCUUGACUGAGGGUGUCGAGGGAGGGGCGCAGCAGCAGCACCACCACGAGGAGAUGAGCAGAGCAGAAGCUGAAGCCCGUGGUCAGGCCUCGGCUUCUUCCUCCGGACCGUCAGUCGUUGGACGAAUCCUCUCGUCCCUCUCCUUCCUGCCGGCCUCGAAGUCGUCUUCCUCCUCCGGCAAGGCCAAUCGCAGGGAGCCAGGCACAUUCGCAACCGGCGAGGCGCACGUGGAGAUGGUGCGCAAUGUCGGAAGCAAUGAUACAUGGCAAUACAGGCGGAUCAUGGUAGACGUGCCCAAGAGUGGGACGUUGGGCGCCACAAGGGUUUGGGUUGUCAAGAGGGAGGGCGAGGUUGUGAGAUGAGGUUGACGUGGGAAGAGAAAUGGGACAGGCAGACAGAGCUGAGAUGUAGCGCUAUUGUACCAUUGACUUUGAUGCUAUCCAUGCUCUUCUGUCGCGCCAUGCCGUGCUACACU